ACUUUUUCAGUUAAAUCUUGAUUUUGAAAAAAAAAUUGUCGAAGAAGUUCGACUGACGCUAGCCUCCUCUCCCAAAUUUUCAGUAUGUCUUACUUCUCGACAGGUUAAUCAACAUAGUUAAUUACGUACGAAUUGGGUUGCAAAUUAACAUACACUGAAAGUCAGUUGUCCUUCCUUUUGCCCACAUAGAUGCAGGAUAUCUGCUCUUACUUUGUUUCCGUUCUCCCGCACUCAAGCUCUGUGUCUCAGAAGACGUGGCCAUCGAGCCCACAAGCGAAAUUGGCGGCCAAAAAGGUUUGCUUCUGCGAAGUGCAGAGCAUGUUUGUUGAGAUUGAGAUCUUUUCCAGCCGACCUCCCUUCUUGCCCACCUUCUUCCAAAGCAGAUCGGAAAUACCAAAGCAUUUCAGUCACCGGCCGUCUUUCUCCCUAACUACUUCAAAGCAGAAAAGCCCAUUUCCCCUCACCGGAAAAUCCCCACCAAAAAUCCCAUUUCUCCUCCUUCUAUCUGGGCGACACGACGAAGCAGGGCAUGGGUCGGUGAAGCCAAACGAAGCAGCAAUACCAGAGGGGAGUGAAGCGGAGGGUGUUCCGGCCACGGGACUUUGGAUUCUCGAAGCAUUGUGCCAUUCCAUUGUCUUCAAUUUCCAGGAGAACAAAGAAUACGGUAAAUUUGAGCAUCAUGGAUUAAAAAACACAGUGGAGUUGCAGCAAAUGUUUGACAAAAUAGUAGUCACCGAUGAAACUGCAUGGACUCUAGCUGCUGGGCCUAUUCCUCCAGUACAACAGAAUGUGGGGUUUGAAGAUGCUGUUGAUUUGGAAGAAGGAAGUGGUGAUUCUGACGAGGUGAAUGUCAUCCCAACACAAACUGGUGGAAGUAGUGAAAAAAGGAAGAAAAACACAAUUGGUCCUUCACUUACCGGCAAAGGGAAGAAAGUGAAAGUAGGGGGUGCAGCAUACAUACAGAAACAAUUGAAUCAUCUUUGUGAUGCAGUUGAAAGUUAUACCGCAACUACUUUGAGUGAUUCAUCAAAGAAAAAUUAUGAAACAUAUCUUGAUACCACUGAAGAAUGUAUGGAGAUGUUGUUAACUUUACCUGGAGUUGAAGAUGGUAAUGAGCUUUUUAUGUUAGAUCCAAGGUGGAAUUAUGAAAAUAGUGAUGAGUGUGAGGUGGAGGAAGAAAAUAGUGAUGAGGAUGAGAUGGAGGAACAAGCUAUAGAACAAAGAGAUAAGUUGGCAAUGGGUGCAAGAGACAUUGGCAACUCCAAGUGAAAGUUGUAAACUAUUUAGAAUGGAACCACAUGUUUUUACGGGAUUAUGUUCUUUGUUAGUUAGUAAUUAUGGGCUAACAUCAACAAGAGAAAUAUGUGCAGAAGAAUCACUUGCAAUGUUUCUUUGGACAUGUGCACAUAAUCAAUCUAAUCGAAAUGU